ACCAUCAAAUCUAUGGGAUGCGCGGCGCUUAGACGUGGGGCUGCGCCGUGAACGUCUUUACGUUAGAUUCUCAUUCUCGCCUUUGUGAAAUCGUGUAGUAAAUAACAGGCAGCAUAGUUGUGCUGUCGGGCUAGUAUUAGCAAGUAACGCAGUUUCACACGUUUGUUUUUAUUACAAGUGCAGUGACCAUUUUUGUAGCCAAGCUACCAGGUUAAAGGAAUAUGGGUGGGUUCGCGUGGGUAACUUUGGCGACCAAUGACUCAUACUCAUUGGGAGCUUUAGUAUUGGCACAUUCUUUGCGACAAGUGAACACAGUCCAUCAGCUGGCUGUUUUGGUAACGCCAGGGGUCACACCUGUUAUGAGGGCAAAGUUGGCAUCAGUAUUCAAUGUAGUUGUCGAUGUGAAUAUUCUGGAUUCGAAAGAUGAAGCUAAUUUAAGACUGUUAAAACGGCCGGAACUCGGCGUAACCUUUACAAAGUUACACUGUUGGAGAUUGACGCAAUUCGAAAAGUGCGUGUUUCUGGACGCAGACACCAUGGUUUUAGCUAAUGCAGACGAAUUGUUCGAUAAGGAAGAGUUUUCGGCAGCGCCCGAUGUAGGCUGGCCCGACUGUUUUAAUUCUGGGGUGUUUGUAUACCGUCCAUCGGAAGAGACCUACAGUAACAUUGUCAAAUUUGCCCUGGAAAGAGGCAGUUUCGAUGGUGGGGACCAAGGUUUACUUAAUUUAUACUUUUCCGAUUGGGCCCAUAAAGAUAUUAGUAAACAUUUGCCUUUUAUCUACAAUACAUGCUCAACCGCUUGUUAUUCAUACCUUCCUGCAUUUAAACAGUUCGGAGGUAAUGUCAAAAUAAUCCACUUCAUCGGCAGCUCUAAGCCGUGGUUACAAUAUUUCGAUUCGGAAACUCGUCAGGUUCAGGUGGGAUCGGACCUCCAGCAUUUGCGAGUUGUACUGCAACAAUGGUGGAAUAUUUUCUGUUCGUGCAUUCAUCCAAUCCUGUCACCCGAAAUGGCACCAAGCAGAGUACCCGCUGCGAUUCCUUUACCUUUUCACUCUAGUAUGGAACAAACAGUUCAUCACGAAUUCAAUCCCGAUUCGUCUUAUAAUAAACCUACCUCAAAGAAUGUAUGGGAUCCCUGGGAAGAAUAUGAAGAAAAAAUUGACAACUUUGAGAUUCAAUCAAAUACAAUAUGUGUUCCUAAUGUUCAUAGUGAAAAUAUAGACACAUCCGUCCACAUAGCCUCAGAAAUACAUGAUAAUAAUAAUAUUCCUACAUUUCAACAUAGUCAGGAGACCCCAGAGUCAUCUCAUUUCCUUCAUCAUGAUACUAACACACACAUGCUUCAUAAUGUGAGUCACAAUCAAGAAUCUCAUGUAGACACAUUCGUUAAUCAGCCCGAAUUUAGUUUUAGUAAUCAAUCAGAUCAUACACCACCACCACACCCACUACAUGAUUCAGUUCAUUCUCACAUAGAACAAUCCUUUCAACCCCCUAGUCCAGAACCAGAUAUUUGUACUUCCUAUACAAAUGUUGAACCUGGUACUGAAUGCACCCAACAUGCACGACCACAAAGUUGUGAGUCAGCUAGCAGUGUAACCAAUGAAAGCGCUUUGCACGAGUCUAAUGAAGUUUUUGACAAUAGUGCGGGAUUGGCGGGUGCUUUCGCUCGACUGACUCUUGGAGCGCCUAGAACAGCCGAACAAGCUAUGUUAGAAGAUCAAUUACGCAGGCAAGGCUGGGAGGUUGGUAACAUUGAUUACAUGGGGCGCGAUUCCUUUGAUAAUAUCUGGACUAAAAUAUGUGAAACGCUUAACACUGCCCCAGCACCACCCGAUCAAUCUCAAGAACCAAGUCAUGCAGUUCCAAGUGAAGCAGCUAAACAAGCAACAACUGCAGAUAUUACACCAACACCACCGCCAGAAUCGGUAUCUAAACCUGAAUUCACCAAACCUCAAUCAACACAGUUAUCUGAAGUUGCAGCAACUCAAUCUGAACAACCUGCUGUGAUUCCUUUGCCGAAAGCACCAACAGAAGUUCCUGUAGCUAAAUCAGAAACUGUUGCAUUACAAUCAAAAUGUGGCAAAACUGAAGAUACUGAAAAGCCAAUACUACCACCUACACCUAUUUCACCUAUUUCAGUAUGCCCGGUUGGGGCACCCUCUACACCUGCACCUAUACCAAAACAGCAAAUUGUCAGUCCACCUAUUGCCCUACCUGAUUCUCCCACUGUGUGCGAGUUGCCCAAACCAGCCCCUUCUCUAAUGAGUGAACUACAAAAGCCUACGCCUCCACAGGCUGAAACACAGAAAACUACAGUAUCCGCACCUAUUCCUCCACAACCUGCAACUGCACCUCAUUCGGUUGCUACAUCCGCCCCAACACCAGUAACUCCUAAACCAAUCGUUCCACAGGCUGAAGCACAAAAACCCACAGUUGAUACAUCUAAAGCAGCUCCUCCCACCAACCCCGCCGAGAAACAAAAGGCUCCUGAUGCUCCCGCCCCAUCCGCGCCCAAAACAGUAACUCAACCCCCCACAACAGUCCCUCCACAAUCUGUACCACAAAAACCCACUGUUGAAGCAUCCAAACCAGCUCCUCCUGCGAAACAUGACGAAAAGGCAAAGGCACCAUCACCUUCCCCUCCAAAAAUCGCUUCUGAGGCUCCCAAAGCAGUAACCGCACCUCCCGCACAAAAACCAACACCUGCACCCACCGUUGAUACGUCCAAACCAGUCCCACCCGCGAAGUCCGAUGAUAAAGAAAAGGCACCCGCAGCGUCACCUCCUUCAAAAGCGCCGAGCAAGACAACCGCGAAACCCACACCUGCUAAGCCGGCGGACCCCGCACCUGCAAAACCGGCGGAGCCCACACCUGCUAAGCCGGCGGACCCAAAACCGACAACACCACCGGCGGACGCGGGUCCGACUCCUCCGCCGCGUAAAUCUACCGCCGGUGGGGGUAGCGCUCCUAAAAAGCCAGCAGCAAAGGGUGGUAAAAAAUGAGUUGCUUUUUUACAGCUGAAAAUUAUUUAUUUUAUUUAAGGAUACAUGUGUUUUUCACAUAUUUUAGCUUGCUAUUAUUUUUUCAUUCUGUAUGUUUGUUAUCACAAUUGUAUUACUUUAUGUAUUUAUGUAUGGAAUAAAAACACAAGCAUUUAAUACUUAUAA